UUCAAUUUAUCUUUUUAUGGUGACAUAUAUGCUGCUAUGCCCACCAUCUUGCCAUUUUGGUUUAUUUGUUAACAUAGCAUGUUUCGCUAAGAAUAUUUAUCUUUAGAGUAAUAAAAUCUAUUAAGUAAUCAUUUUUAAGCCUUCAAAAUGUUUAACGAAGACUCGUCUACAAUUAGUAACUGUAUAAUUAAAUUAAUUAUUUUCAGACUAUCGUAAUUGUGGGGAUUGCUGUAAGUAGCGUCUCCGACGGAUUCAUUUUUGGCCAAAUGUCUGGGAUGUUGGAAGCUUUGCACAAUGCUGAAGGCUCAUUUUCGCUCGACAAUAAUGAUUUGUCAUGGAUCGCUUCUACGAUUAACGUCACAUGCAUAGUUGGAUUCGCUAUAAUAGCUGUGGUAACAGAAAUAUUUGGAAGAAAAUUGUCCGUAACUAUAGCAACAAUCCCAGUGAUUAUAUCCUGGAUAAUGACUUACACAGCUCACAACAAAACAGUUUUAUUACUAUCUAGACUUUUUGCAGGAAUUUCGUACGGAGGUAUUUUAUUUACAAGUUAUGUAAACAUAGGCGAAUAUAUGUCUCCUAAUAUCAGAUUCAUGUCUUUUAAUAUGCUAGUUUCCGUGGGAUCUCUUGUCGGAACUAUGUUAGGACACAUGUUAAGCGUGGUAAUGGAUUGGAGGAACGUGGCACUCGUUGGGCUCAUUCCUUCUCUAAUAUCCGCUACGAUUCCAUUCUUUUGGGUUGAAAGUCCGAUGUGGUUAGCAGGAAAAGGCAGAUUCGAAGAAUGUGAAAAGACCUUUCGUUUACUUCGCACGCCAGGAGAGGAUGCGGAAGAAGAAUUAAAACUUCUUAUAUCUGUUGAGAAAGAUAAAAAAACUAAGUAUAGACAAAUGAAAAGUAACCUUGUUGCAUUGAAUAUGUUAAAGGACGCUUUUAAGAAACGGUAUUUUUGGAAAAUAUUCUUUUUAUCCUUACUCGUUAAUAUAUAUAAAGUUGCAGCUGGCAGGGUUUUGUUCAGUACAUUGGCAAUAACAAUUCUUCAAGGCAUUACGGGUACAUCUGAUAUACUUUUAUUUACCUUAACAACUAACGGGUUUGCUGUCUUUGGCGCUUGCAUAUCAUGUUUAUUACUGCGAAGAUUCAAAAUGAGACAAUUGUUAUUUCCAACUGCAUUCUUAGCUAAUAUUUGUCUUAUUAUUUUUGGCCUUGUAAUAUAUUUGAAGCCGGAUAAAGAUGAGGUUUUUAAUUGGAUUAAAAUUUUACUUCUUGCGACAUAUUUAGUGAUUGUUGGAGCUGGACCUUAUCCAGUGUCAGAAUCUAUAUUAACUGAGAUUCAUCCACUAGAGCUCAAAACGUUCAACAUGUUUACAAUCGGUGCUAUUUCUGGUGUCAUCCAAUUUUUAGCUAUUAAAUUGGCCCCAGAUAUGUUCCUUGUCAUAGGUUACCAUGGAGUAUUUUUCAUUAACGCUUUUAUAACAUUUCUAUGUCUUGUUUACCUCUGGUUCUUUUUACCGGAAACUAAAGGUAAAACAUUACAAGAAAUUGAAUUGUAUUUAAAAAAUAAUAAUUGUCAUGACUCCGAUAACAUAAAACAAGAACAAAUGAAGGAAUUAUUAAACAUAAAAACAAUAGCGGCUAGUGAUCUAAACGCCUGAAAUCGGAUUUUACUAAAAUAGAGCAAAAAUAUACUUCACCAAAGAACAACCAUAAACCAUCUAAUGAAAUUACGAUAGCCAAUUAUAUAAAUACUAGAGAUUUUUAAUAAUCUAGUCACAACGAUCAAGUCCCUUUAUUACUUAGCAUGUAUAAUUUUAAUUUUGACGGCUCAUUGGUCUAGUGGUUAGUACCCCUGACUGCGAA